AUGGCCGGGGCUGGCGGGGGCCUCGCGGCCUGGAGGAGCCUGGUGCUGCUGACCCGAAACAUGACAAGUACCAGUGACACAGUGGGUGGGCUUACAUCGGCAUCCUUGUAUGAGUUUUCUGUGUGGGCGGAGAAGGAUGGAGUACCUGGCUCCAGGCAGACCCUUGCGGCGGCCACAGCUCCCAACCCAGUGAGGAACCUGAGAGUGGAGGCUCAGACCAACAGCUCCAUCUCCCUGAGCUGGGAGGUCCCCGAGGGCCCUGACGCGCAGAACUACACCUACUGGGUCCAGUGCACUGGAGACGGUGGCAGAAAUGAGACCCGAAACACAACGAACACCAGUGUCACAGUGGAUGGACUUGAACCCGCAUCCUUGUAUGAAUUCUGGGUGUGGGUGGAGAAGAAUGGAGUGUUUGUCUCCAGGCAGAGUCUCAGCAUCUCCACAGUCCCCAACAUGGUGAAGAGUCUCAGUGUGCAGGACCAGACCAACAGCUCCAUCACCUUGAGCUGGACAGCUCCCGAGGGCCCGGGUUAUUUUAUCUACACCUACUGGGUCUCAUGGGUCGAGGAGGGCAUUAUUGACCCUAGGACCCAGAACACCUCAGACACUGGAAUCACCCUAAAGGAACUGGAAUCUGGGAGCCUGUACAACCUCACCGUCUGGGCAGAGAGGAAUGAAGUCGGAGGCUACACCAGGACCCUCACUGUAGCAACCGCUCCCAGUGAAGUCAUGGAUCUGCAGAAUAUAACUCAGAACAACAACUCAGUCACCCUGUGGUGGAAGGCCCCCGCAGACCCCUACUCUCAGCUCUACAUAUACUGGGUCCAGUGGGCCAGCGGGGGACACUCCCAGAGGCAGCAAGAUCCCCAAGGAGAUUGGGCCAAUCAGACCUCCAGGACCAACGAGACUUGGUAUGAGGUGGAGGCCCUUGAACCUGGGACUCUGUACAACUUCAGCGUGUGGGCAGUGAGGAAUGAUGUAGCCAGUUCCACACAGAGCCUCCAGGCAUCCACAGCCCCAGACUCAGCCACCAUCAUAUCCUGUACCAGCACCUCAGGGGGCUAUGGGGUCAUCCUGACCUGGUCCUGCCCCUCGGGGGGCUACGAGGCCUUCGAGUUGGAAGUGGGUGUGCAGCGGGGCUCCCAGGACAGGUCUGCAUGUGGACAGGGUGUGCCUGUGUCGGGGCUCGGGCCGGCUCGGUCCUACCCAGCCACCAUCAGCACCGUGUGGGACGGAAUGAGGGCCCAGUCUGCCCCGGUGACCUGCCACACGGAGAGCGCAGGGGUCAUUGCUGGAGCCAUCGUGGGCGUCCUCCUGUUUUUCACCCUGGUGGGCCUGCUGGUGUUCUUCCUGAGGAGGAGGAAGAGGAGGAGCCAAGAGAAAGCAGAGCCCGAGGAUCUGGUCCUCAGCUUCCCAGAGGGCAUCCUGGCCAAAGACUUCGCUGACUAUGUCAGGAACAACGAGAAGGACAGCAAUUGGGGCUUUGCAGACGAGUACCAGCAAUUGGCCCUGGAGGGCCAAGACUACUCUCAGGUGGUGGCCUCAGCUCCAGAGAACUGUGCCAAGAACCGCUACAGAAACGUCCUGCCAUAUGACUGGUCCCGGGUGUCCCUGAAGCCCCUCCACGGGGAACCAGGCUCUGACUACAUCAACGCCAGCUUCAUGCCUGGUCUCCACAGCCCCCUGGAGUUCAUUGCAGCCCAGGGCCCCCUGCCGCACACUGUGGGCGACUUCUGGCGCCUGGUGUGGGAACAGCAGAGCCGUACCCUGGUCAUGCUGACCAACUGCAUGGAGUCUGGCCGGGUGAAGUGUGAGCAUUAUUGGCCCCUGGAUGCUCAGCCCUGCACCUACGGGCACCUGCGGGUGACCCUGGUGGGCGAGGAGGUGACGGAGACCUGGGCGGUGCGGGAUCUGCAGCUCUUCCAGGCGGAGGAGCAGAAGACCCUAUCCGUGCGUCAGUUCCACUACCUGGCCUGGCCGGAUCACGGUGUCCCCCACUCCCCAGACCCCUUGCUGGCCUUCUGGAAGAUGCUCCGGUCGUGGCUGGACCAGGCGGUGGAGGGAGGCCCGCCCAUUGUGCAUUGCAGUGCUGGCGUGGGCCGCACUGGCACCCUCAUUGCCCUGGAUGUCCUGCUUCGGCAGCUGGAGUGCGAUGGCCUCGUAGCGCCCUUCAGCUUUGUGAGGAAGAUGAGAGAGAGCCGGCCGUUGAUGGUGCAAACAGAGGCCCAGUACGUAUUCCUGCACCAGUGCAUCCUGCGGUUCCUCCAACAGUCCGCCUCGGCCCAGGAGGAGGUCACGUAUGAGAACGUGGCAAACCUCAUCUACGAGAACGCGGCCGCCAUCCAGGCCCAGGAGGUGGAGGCAUAAGCUAUGAGGGCUGAGUGGGCAGCGCAGCUACACUCGAGCUCUGGGUCCCCACUGGAGCCCAGAUUCCCGGAGGAGUGGAGGGCCGGGGUCCCAGACUCCUGGGCCCUGUGAGAGGAGGGGGCUGGGAGCCUAAAUUCCUGUUUCUCCAGGGGAGAGGGGUCUGCUUCCACUCAUGAAUCCUGUGGGAGCUGGGGGCCUGGACGCCUGGCUGCUUGUAGGAGAAGGGUGGCAGCUUGGAUUUCCCUGUUCUUUGAGGGAGAAGGAAGCUGAGGGAGAUGGAUGCAGCAAGAACCAGGCUGGAAUCUGGAUUCUGAGGGAGGAAGAAGUUAGGGUCUGGAAUUCUGGCUACCCAAAGAGCAAGAGCAGGCAGGAUC